AGAGAGAAAAUAAGGCUCCCUCCAUCCACCUACACCACCUCGUACCCAGCACACGAGGUCCAGCCCGCGGCUGGGCCCUGGCGUGGGGGGUGUGUUCCCACUAUUAAAGGGGAUGGACGCUCCUAUUACCACACUUCUUACCAAGCACAGUUUCAGGGUGAAUGGAGUCCACCUGCAAAGCCAAGUGAAAAGCACUUGUCUUCUGUUAAAUUUGGGGAUCCCAGAAGUGGUGGAUCUACGAGCGAGCAGAAACACGCCUACAGCGCGCUAGACAAGAGGACACCCAGGGCCUAUGACAAGGAACACGCCGCCUCCCAGAUCCACCGCACGAACCUGCAGCUGGGGGAUGGUUGCACCAGGUUCUCCACCUCAACGUCAGAGCUCUUCCCAGCGCACGAUCCAGAGCCUGUAAUUACUGCCCGUCCAAACAAAUAUGCCUCAUCCAUCCCCAGAGGUGAUGAAGACCCCAAGAGAAAUCAAGCUUUGGCAAGAAUGACGACUGCACAGCUCUCCUACCCAGAGCCUGACAGGUGGAACCUCCCACCGAAGCCUGACUUGCUCCUUCAGAAACGUCGAAGCAACGUUUGCUUGGGAGUUGAGCGCCCAGGCUCUCAUUUCUUCAGCACAACACAGCAGGCAGAUUAUCAGCCGCCCCAACAGAGCCAGAGGGCGAUGACAGACAGCAAGUCCCACCGUGAGAGCCACAUCCCCUUCAACUACCACAAUGAAGAUUCUAUCACAACCAUGCGGGCCACACUGGUCCCACACAGCCAGCAGAAACAGCGACCCUCUGAAGACAUGCUACAGAAGAUCAAGUGCUCACACCUGGGGCUACCCUGGAGGACGCAGGAGCUCUUCAGGACUGAGCAGAAAGAUGAGUUCACGCUCAAGACCAGAGGCCCAGCAGAAAUCCAGAAGGCAACCUCCCGAGUGAGCUGUGUCCCACUGGGAACCCUGAAAAGAUACUAUCCCCAGAGGAAGGUGCUCUUUGCACCAUGA